GCCAUCGCAAUAACGGCAGACUUCACUCUCUUCUCUGGCGCAGAGUUCUCUUCACUGCUGUAACUGCUGUUCACUGCGUGCUUUCAACGUGCGAAUGCCGGAGAGCAUGAUCGCUCGCACUUCGUAAUCGGCGGAAAUAUAUAUUUUUUUUUUAAUACCUACGACGAAACGUGUUCGAUGGUGUAAUUUAGUUAGUUUUGUAUAAUCAUUAUAUUCGCGCAAUCGAGAUCGCCAUCGGGAAGCGGUUAAAAUAUCGCCGAGCAUCACAUCGACGACCCUGUGAUCCUGCCGAUCACCGGAUCACCCCCCAAACCCCACGGUCGUGCUAUUUUUAAUGUUUUGUACCGAUUGUGGACGUGAGAAUGGUCACUCGAAGCGAGAUGGAUCUUCAAUUUUUGGACUUACAUGAUUUAACUGACAAAGAUAAACAUGAAAUAUUAACUAUCCUCAGAUCUGACACUACCGAUACUUUAAAAUUACCAUGGAAUGCUACAGAAAGUAAUAACAAUAAUGUUAAUUCUGCUACAGUAACAGAAGUUCCAGCAAUUCACCAACAACAUUGGUAUAAUGCUGUGCCACCAACACAAACCUACUCGCAACAGAUGAUGACACAAUUGUGUAAUGACUGGCAAGCAGUGUACAAUGUUUCUACAAAUGGUCAUAUGCCAUUCAUGUCAGGACUGACAUAUCACCAUCCUGGAUAUAAUCUCGGUGUCGAGAUUCAAGAUGUGAAUUACGGUAGGGAAAACGGACGCCGCAACAAUCGGGGCAGAGGUAUGAGAAGAGAGAACUAUAAUCGAGCAAUUAACUCCACUAAUGAAGUGCAGUCAGGAUACAUGGGCGAUCAAGCGCAAUUUCACCCACAAAUACAUCCAAUCAUGUACAUUUACCCCGAUCAUCAUUCCGUUUCUACACAACAGCAUCAGGUAGCUGUUGGACAAAUUUAUUACCCACCACCAAUGUAUUCAUCGAUCCUUCAUCCACAUCCAAACGCACAACCAAUUUCAUCUAGUUCGCACACACAAGCGACUUAUCCUCCGAAUCCGCCACAGAUGGACAGAUGUGUACGACAAUCACAACCUGUGUCAUUGGAACAAUCAAACCAAGAAAUCAUAAAACAAUCAAUCGUCAAAGUGCAAAAUGAACAUGUACAAAGCAUGAAUAAAACAGUAAAUCAUCAAGUAAACAAGAACAACCACGACUCUUUGCAAACUAGUAUUGUUAACAAUGUCAUUGCCACCAAUGUAAAUAAUUCUACAUCGGAAUCUGUCAAGAAUAUGAACGAAAACACUGCCAGUACAAAAACUAUGGCUAGCAGUGAGAAAGAUGUAAAAAUAUUACACAAUACUGUAUGGACUGAAAAUUGCAAUGGUACACAAAUUGAUUUACCAUGCAUAAGUACUAACAAUCUUGUUGAAAUGAAUAAAAAUGGUGAGGUGGAUAAGAUGUUUAAAAAUGAAGCUACAUCUAACAUUACAACGAUUGUUACACAAACUUUGCCUAAAUCUGUCCCUACUAAGGCAGAUAAAAGUGAAAUGAAUAUUGAGGAGAAUGUUGUACUAAAAGAUGCCCAAGAUAAUACUGUUGAACAUAAAAUACCGAAUGAUUCCUCAGUCACAUCAAAUUACUCAUCAGUCAUGCCAAAAAUUCCAUUGUCCGAACCAAUAUCUACUACAUCUGCGACUACAAUUCCCAGAUCUUAUGCUAGCCUUUUGAAAAAAGAUAGCACCGAAACACAGACACUCACAUCUUAUAAACCGACGAUACAUAUAAUUGAGCAGAAUAACUCAUCAAAAAUACCAACUGAAAAGGAAUCGACAAGCCUUAAUUCCGCACCAAAGAAUCAAAACGAUUCAUCCAGCAUGCCAAACAUAGUAAACGAUCAUAAGAUCUUGCAGAAUGGCAUGUUACAGAAUUGUUAUGAUGAUCCAAAUUCAUAUAGGAUAGGUGAAUUUUUGUCAAGUUAUCAAAUGGAUAAACAGACUGUAAGUUUGUUACCAAGAGGAUUAAUCAAUCGCAGCAACUAUUGUUAUAUUAAUAGUAUCUUGCAAGCUUUAUUAGCCUGUCCACCAUUUUAUAAUCUACUCAAAGCUAUGCCACUUCCUAAAAAUCGGGGCAAGAAUUCUGCUACUCCCUUGAUUGAUAAUAUGGUCAAGUUUGUUCGCGAGUUUACACCUUUGACAGAGGCUGCUCGCAUGCCCAGAAAAGAUAGAGUUCAGAACAAACGAGGAGAAGAUACAGUCAUAGAUAUACAUAGUGGUAUCGCUUUUGAACCAUCAUAUAUAUAUACAAUGUUAAAGCAUACCUCUGCUGCUGGUGCCUUUUCUGUGGAAGGACGGCAAGAAGAUGCAGAAGAGUUCCUAUCAUGUCUUCUAAAUGGCAUUAAUGAUGAAAUGCUAGAGUUGAUGAAAUUGGUUAAUAAUGAUCAAAAUGCAAUCACUAACACAGAGAAUAAUGUCGGUUGUGGUCAUGAUGAAGAAGAAUGGCAGGUAAUGGGGCCAAAAAAUAAAGGUGCCGUCACUCGGUGUACAGAGUUUGGAAGAACACCGUUGUCAGACAUAUUUCGGGGACAAUUGCGAUCCAGAGUAUCAAGAGCAGGAGAACAGCCGACAGAUAACGUUCAACCCUUUUUUACGCUACAACUUGAUGUGCAAAAAGCUGAGUCCGUAAAAAAUGCUCUUGAAAUUCUCGUUGGAAAAGAUCAAUUAGAAGGAAUGACAUGUACUAAAACAAGGCAACAGAUAGAAGCAUGGAAACAAGUUACCUUGGAAGAAUUGCCUGUUAUUCUUAUAUUACAUUUAAAAUGGUUUGUUUACAAAUUUGAUAAAUAUUCCAAUGGAUGUUCAAAAAUAUUGAAAAGCAUGGAAUUUCCUAUAGAUCUAAAAAUUGAUGGCAAAUUUUUAUCACCAAAUACUGUGAAAAAGCUAGGGCCGAAGCAAAAACAGUACAAAUUAUUUGCAAUUACGUAUCAUGAUGGAAAGGAAGCUACCAAAGGUCAUUACAUCACAGAUGCCUUUCACAUCGGAUAUGGAUCUUGGGUGAGGUAUGAUGAUAGUGCAGUGAAGAGCGUACCCGAAAGUAAUGUGUUGAGGCCCACAUCGCCUAGAGUACCUUAUCUACUUUACUAUCGAAGAUGUGACACUAUCGGUAACCAAUUGAAUAGUACUAAAACCCAUUAAGAAAUUUAAUACGAAAACUUGUAUAAGCAAAACAUAUGUUCCACUUGGAAUGGAAUAUUCGCUCACGAAAGUUUUCGUGUAAAUUUUUUGAAAUGGAAUGACAUGCACCUGUUUUUAUAACUUUGAAGUUCUUGUUGAUAUUUGUAUUUAAAUAGAAAUCUACAAAAAAAUACAGAGAGUUUUUAUAUUAUCCGUAAUAGCAUGGAAAGAAUAGACGUACAUUAAACUCUUAUAGUACUUCCAUGAAAUAUUCCUAUUACGAUUGUUGUUACAAGUUCUAUACAUAUAUAGUUUCCUUAAAAUCCUAGAAUAAAUAUAAAUAAGCGAAAUUAAGACUCGUUGGGUAUUUCAAUCUGGGUUCACAUUUUUUAGUGGAUCUAUAUAACAGCGUUUUAUAUAUAUAUAUAUAUAUAUAUAUAUAUAUAUAUAUAUAUAAUAUAUAUAUAUA